GGCAGGAGAAAAACACCAUUAGAGGAUGCAAGAAUACAUGCCGUGAAGGCACUGGAUAAGUCAGCAGAAUUAGAAGUCCGGUAUAUUAACUCCUUUAAAGGUCGAGGGGUGUUUUCCAAAGCGCAUUUUGGAAAAGGCGACUUUGUUGUCGAGUACAGAGGGGAGUUAAUAACAUGCCAGGAAUCAGAAAGGAGAAGGAGGACAUAUAACAGGGCAUGCGCUGUGUUUGUCUUUGACUUCCUCUGGCAAGAAAAGAUCUGGUGUAUUGAUGCAGCCCAAGAAGAUGGAAGCCUUGGACGACUGGUCAAUGAUGACCAUAGGAGUCCAAAUUCCAAAAUGAAGAGAGUCAUAAUAGAGGGCAAACCACACCUGUUCCUGUUUGCGUUGAGGGAAAUUCUUCCAGGAGAGGAGAUAACCUAUGAUUAUGGGGGAAAGGAUUGGCCAUGGAGGAAACAGGCUGAAGAACAGUCAGAUGAUGCUGAGUCCAGUACCACAGCAGUCUUCAGUGCUGUUCUGGAGACUUCAGAGAGACCUACAUCCCCCAUCACGCAGGCUGAAGAACAGUCAGAUGAUGCUGAGUCCAGUACCACAGCAGUCUUCAAUGCUGUUCUGGAGACUUCAGAGAGACCUACAUCCCCCAUCACGCAGGCCUUGGAUGAACCAGACUUUGUUGUGUCAACAAAGAAAGUUCCUUGCCUUGUAGACUACUCGGAUUCUGAUGAAUCUCAGGGUCCAUGCACCAAUCCUUGCAGCAGCCAGAUACAGAGUCAGAUUUUUGAAUCUGAUCCUAUCCUCACCGACCAGGACAGACAGUCUAUUCCACAGUUGAGGACCAAGAGCAUACAGAUGAAAGAGCGGAUUUAUUUUGAUUCCGAUGAGCUCUUCGAUCCCAUCUCAGACGACAGUGGAGAAGAAUACAUUCCUAAGAGUACUGAAGAUUCUUCUGAAGAUUCAGACGGAACCAACAUUGUCUCAUUUGACCAUAAAAUGAAGAUGCAGAGAUUUCCAAACAUGGGGAAGAUUGUGGAUGUCAGAGAUGGAUGUCUGUCAAUGCAAGAACUUGACAAAAACUCUUUGAACCCAACUAUUGAGAGAGGGCGCUCACAUAUAAGAAAAAAAGGCACCUCUGGUAAGAGACGUCAAAGGAAUUGUUCAAGUAGUGUAACCAGCCCAAGAACACAAACAAGUACUGUUAACUCCACAAAACAGAGUGAAGGGGGAUACACUGAAGCCCUUUUGGUAAAUUCAGCACCUGAUCUGGUACCAAAUCUGCCUGAUGGAGCCUCUUCCUUGGUUGAAGUGACCAUACCUGCUGUUUGUAAAAAAGAGGAUGGAUCAAGAAUGUAUAACAAAAAACAGUAUUGUUUGUACUGUAAGAAGGGGUUCAUAAAAAUGGCAAGGCAUCUGGAGUGUGCUCAUAAAGACAAGCCAGAAGUUGAAAGGGCUGUGUCCUUCCCAAAAGGCUCCAAGGAACGACGCAUGCAUAUGGAACUUCUAAGAAACAGGGGCAACUUUGCACACAACGUCGAAGUUGUUAAUUCGGGUGUUGGAACUCCUGUGCCUCGCAAGCACAUGCCUUGGAAGCACAUGAAGGUUUGCAAAUUCAAACCUAGUACUCCACUAAAACCUGGCAGAACGUGUGUCCAGGCCCUCUGUGGAUUUGCUGUACCUCCACCACCCUCAGUGAAGGAACAACUUUGGAAGCUGCUGAACAACAUGGUUCAAGAUGAUGUAUAUUUUGCUGUGAAAACUGAUGCCUGUUUAAUGGAAUAUGGUGAACAUUUAUACAACAGGCUGGGCUAUGAUGUCAGUAAACAUGAAUAUAUUCGUCAGAAGUUGAGAGAGCUGGGAAGGCUUCUGAUAUUCUCAAGAAAAAACACUCACUUGAAGACGAUAAAAGAUCACAUAAAACCUGCAAAUUUUAUGCAAGUUGUUCAAGCUGUGAGAGACCUGGCAGGCUACAAUUGUGAAACAAAUGCAUACAAGUGCCCAAGUCUGGCUCUGAAAAUUGGAUACAGCUUGAAAAAAAUUUCAAUGCUCGUUGAAAGCCGGGCAAAUGUGCAAAGUGACUUCAGUACAGCAAAAGAUGCACGUACAUUUCGCAAAGUGUAUGAAGCUAGGUGGAAUGAAAUGAUAUCCUCUGCAUCACUUAGGACCCUUCAGGAGUCUAAGUGGAACACUCCUCAGUUACUUCCAUUCACAAAAGAUGUCCAGACACUCCAUUCCUAUUUAGAUGCUCAGUAACAAGAUCUUUUCAGCAAACUCAACUCAAACUCUUCAGAGACUUCCCUCCAGACAUAUGUAGAGCUGACAAAAAUAAUUUUGACACAAGUCAUUUUGUUUAACAGACGAAGAGCUGGGGAAGUGUCGAAAAUUCCACUUUCUGCUUAUUGUUCUCCUCAUAAUCCAUCAGACCCACAGGAUGAUGUGAAUGAUGCACUCUCAGAUCUAGAGAAGAGACUUUGUCAGCAUUUCCGAAGAAUGGAAAUAAGAGGUAAAAGGGGAAGAAAGGUUCCUGUACUUCUGACCCCAUCAAUGCAACAGACAUUGGAUCUGCUCAUCAGAAAACGGCAGGAAUGUGGGAUUCUCCAAGAAAACACGUACUUAUUUGCAAGACCAUCCAGUAUGAUUUGCUACCGUGGGUCUGACAGUCUUCGAUACUUCGCAAAGGUCUGUGGUGCGAGGAGCCCUGAAAGUUUGACUUCGACAAAACUUCGUAAACAAACAGGAACCCUGUCCCAAGUCCUUAAACUCACUAACACCGAGCUAGAUCAGCUCGCUGAUUUUCUUGGACACGACAUAAGAGUGCACAGAAAAGUUUACAGACUUCCUGAGGGCACGCUCCAACUGGCUAAAAUUAGCAAAGUCCUCAUCGCUCUGGAGCAGGGACGUCUGUCAGAAUUUAAGGGCAAGUCCCUUGAUGAAAUCAACAUUGAUCCUGAAGACAAUGUGCACCUAGACAGUGACCAGGACAGAGACCCUGAGGCAUUGUGUGACCCUGAGGAAGCCUAUGAGUCAGACUCACUGGAGAAUCACUGUGGAUGAGAGUGAGACAACAGGGCCAGAUGUGAGCCACAUCAAUGCAGCCCCACAGCAGGACUCUGUGACACCUCCACAGCCCAAAGAUCGUCACAAACCUCUGAAAAUGUUAAAAGGGCGACAGGGCAAGAAAAGGAUGUGGGAGAAGGAUGAGGUCACUGCUGUUGAAAGGCACAUGAUGUCGUUCAUCACAUCAUGUCGUGUUCCAGGAAAAAGCGAUUGUGAUAAGUGCCUUAACAUUGAGAAAACAGCCCUUAGGAAUAGAGAUUGGCUAGCCAUUAAAUGUUAUGUCAAGAACCGCAUCACAGCUCUGAAGAAGAAAGUUUAAAGCUCCAGUUGGCAAGAGUUUGUUCUCUGCUUUUGUUUAUGUUUGAACUGAGCUCACCAAAAGUUGGCUGUUGUUGAAUGACUUUUAGGAUUUUAAUGUUACAUUCACCUGUUAAGGUCAUGUGUUAUACACACAGAGAAAGACAAUACAGGAAUACCUUUCUUUAUCUGACUGCGAAUGAAAAAAACAGUGGUUAACUGAAUAUAUUCAACCCUGCACACAAUCUUUUAAUUGAUAUGGGAAGCCUUACCGUGGAAAAAAAGAGACAAUGAAACAUUGCAGGCGGACUCUUGUUUUGUUAAUGUUAAAUGUCAAUGUUAAAAUAAUGUUAAAUCCUGUUUUUAUUGUCAUUGUUUUUGUUGAUUGUUUUUUGAAAUACUCGUGUGCAGUUCGACCUCUUAUAUGCUUUGUUCUUUAUAUGUGUGGCAUUCUGAAAUGAUGAUACAACUUCUUCCUCUCAGAAAUUGCCAAACAUCUCUAUGGCCAUAUGUAAUAUUAUGAUACUACAUUAGGUUUAGGCCAUUAGUUAA